GUUCUGUCAGAUGGAGGGUGAGGGCGCGCUGCUGCAGGUUGAUUAUCAGAGGUCCGACUUGGGGGGAAUGCGUAGUUGUGGGGAAUGGGAUGUCUGUGGUGAAACAGGAGCGGUCAGUUUAAUAGUUACCCAGGAGUUAAAGUAGGUUUUUCAACCUCUAACACUUCCUGGGUGUCCGCUAAACUUGGGUGUCCGCCUGUGACGAUGCAGUGGCUUUAAAAGUUAUUUUGUCCUUUCUUUUUAAAGAGUGAUUGAACGAGAGGUGGUAUUCUCCUGGGUUUUUGUCUUAAAACAGUGACUGAAUGAAAGGCUCCAAGCUGUUUGUAAAGAAAGUAAAUAGCUUGUGAGGCCUUGGGUUUUUUGAAAAGUUAGGUCAAUAGAAGCAGCCUGGCUGGGUGUGGUCAGCUGUUACAGACCGGACUUUGUGGGGUUUUUUCUUAGUUUUUAGGUUUAACUUUAAGCCGUUACUGUUGUGGAGUUGAAGAAGUAGAAGUGAAAUGUUAAAGGGUUAAUAUCUGUUCUGCUGACAUAUAAGAAAUUAGGUGCUUCGUGGGCGCCCCUGUCUCGCAGACAAAAUGGGGCAAUCUAAUUAUACUCUGCUCUCUGUAAAUGUUGAACUAAGGCUAAAAAGAUCUCGCAGACAAAAGGUGAUAAUCUAAUUACACUCUGCACUCUGUAAAUGCUAAAAGGAUUGUUACACAUUGUUUUUCGGCAGCUAACCUUUGUUUUUACUGUUAGAUGAUUAAGUUACGUGAUUAUGGGGGAGAAAAAAAUUGUAUCUUGUAUGCAUGUCUGACUGUGCUGUAAAAACCUAUAUAAAGGGAGGACGGUUCCCUUACAGAGAGCAUCGCUUGACACGGCUCUGCAAGCCCUGCGAAGAUUGUUAAGUGAUCCUCCAAAGCUUGUACUAGCUUAAGUAAACUGUGGCUAUUCACAGAAGUUGGCGUAUUGCAUUUGUAUCAAGUGCGUAGGAAUCUCCUAAAAGGGAACUCAACAUUUGUUGGUAGCAAUGGGAUUCCGAUCGCCUGUGUGAUGGUGACGUGAGACAGAUGGGCCCACAAGGUAAGAUUUACCUUGAUCUCUCUCAUUAACCUAUCACCCAGUCGACCCCUCGUCCCCUAGAACUCUGUAGUGACGGAAUCUCCGAGAUAACCUACGCACUUGUACGCUGACGAGUUCGUCUCAGGGAGGUUAGAGUCCCCCUGGAAUUCGGAGGUUAGAGUCCUCCUAACCGUAAGUAUUGGGAAUUCGGGGGUUAGAGUCCUCCUAACUGUGAGCACUGGGAAUUCGGGGGUUAGAGUCCUCCCAACUGUAAGUGUCAGGACUUCGGAGGUUAGAGUCCUCCAAUACCAGGGUUCGAGUCCCUGGAACGUAGUACUGAAGGUAAAAGAUAACUACAGUGCCUGUCUCAACCACCCUGCCUUAGACCGGUUGUUAAGAGGGGAAAUCCCUCACCUGAAGGUCAGGACCCUGAAGUGGGUGAGGAGACCAAGGACACUGGACUAGUAUAUAGAAAUAAGUAAGAAGUAGAAGCAUUUGAAUGGGACAGAUGUUGGAUAAGUCGGGUGUUGGAACCCCUUUACAUCGGUUAUGUCGGGAUGACCCCGAAAAUGAAGAACGGUUCAGACAUCUGUCGGCGUGCCUAAAUAAGAAAUUGGGAAAUGAAAUUUGGCCAAUGGGGGAACUUGGGACGUAGAUAAAUGCAUAAAAGCGGAAGAGGCAAUUUGGAAACGUAAUACGGGGACAAAAUGGAAAACUUUAAUAUCCACGUGGAGAAAGACUGCUGAGGAAAUAACGAAUAAAUCUAAACAGGCCAGCUGGGAGAAUAAUGCACAUCGGAGAGGGAUUAGAGUAUGUGAUCAUGAGGGAAACCCUAAGUUGUGGGAGGUGUUAAAGUGGCAGUAUGAGGAUUAUAAUAUGAGUAAAACAGAACAUGAAAGAUUGAGAAAGGAGAGGCAAAAUAAGGAAUCAGGGUUGAAAUGCCAAGCCGGUUUAUCAUGUGGGAAUAAAAUGGAGGUACCUCCUGACAUGUCUGGUUUGCCAAUAUUGUUCCAAAAUAAUGACACCGAUGACCAGGAGGAGGAUUGGCAAAUUCCGCCUAGUGCCCUAACCACCCAACCACACAAUCACUUUAGAAUACGCCUCCUUCGAUCCUCUGGUAUCUGCUCAGAAAGCAGAGCUCUUUGCUUUAACACGGGCUUGUACCCUGGCUACAGGAAAAUCGGUAAAUAUAGACACAGACUCACGAUACGUCUUUGGCGUGGCCCAUGACUUCGGCCAGCUAUGGUCGCAGCGCGGAUUUCUGACCUCCUCAGGGACACCUAUUCAGAACUCACUAUACGUCCAAAAUCUCCUCAAAGCCAUCCUCCUCCCCAAGCAAUUGGCCAUAAUCAAAUGUGCGGCCCAUGUAAUGGACAAUACGGAUAUCAGCAAAGGCAAUGCCAGAGCUGAUCGAGCUGCCAAAGACGCUGCAACAGCACGCAAUUCUAUUGUGUCCUCUAUGAACCGGCAGGCGUUAAAUCGCUCACCUGCCUCAAAAACAACGGGCAUACCAGACAUUGUCACUGUGCAGCGUUUACAGGGGGACGCCCCGACUCAGAAAAAGACAUGUGGAAGACACAUGGGUGUUCGCACUCUGCGUCAAGAGGUCUCUGGAUCACUCCAGUUGGCCAAGUGUGUAUACCUGAUGCUUUGUUACCAAUGCUUAUUGACUGUCUUCAUACUGAUACCCACCUUGGCAAGGAGGGAAUGAGUAAUAUCAUGUUACGUACCUGGUGGCACCCCCGAUUGGCUGAGGCAGCCCAGAAGCGUGUCAGGUUAUGUCUGACAUGUCAGCAAAAUAAUGGCGUCCAAGGAAUGCGGUGCGUAACAGGGAAACACCCUUGCCAGGCGGCCCAUUUGUAUGUAUUCAGCUUGAUUUCAUUCAACUGUCGUGUAUACAUUGCUAUAAGUAUUGUCUUGUUAUUGUUGAUGUAUUUAGCAGAUGGAUUGAAGCCUUUCCAACCACUAAUAAUAAAGCCUCAACGGUGGUAAAAUUACUACUGACAGAGAUCAUACCGAGGUUUGGAGUGCCUCGACAGAUUAGUUCAGACAAUGGCCCCCACUUUGUAGGGAAAAUCAACAAAGAACUAUGUGAGGUGUUACACAUCCAAGAACAAUUCCACUGUGCCCACCACCCCCAGGGCAGCAGGGAUAGUGGAAAGAGCUAACGGAACUCUCAAAACUAAAUUGACUAAGCUAACAUCCGAAACCGGCCUUAACUGGCUAAAGGUUUUGCCUUUAGCUCUGUACCACAUGAGAAUAACGCCCCACUUCACUACUGGACUCUCGGCCGCAGAAAUAAUUUAUGGCCAACCCAGUAGGACUCCUUGGGAUGCCGACGCAGACCCACCUACCCACGUAGACUUAAAUAUUAUGGGAGAGGAAAUGCAAAGAUAUUUUCAGCAGCUAACAUCGUCUCUAAAGUUUCUUCAUUCACAGGUAAAGCACUCCUUCGGACCACCAUCACAAGUGACGGAUCAGAGCUCAGACGACCAGAAUGAACCUCCCAGACUACAAACAGGAGACCUCGUGCUAAUCAAAGACUGGGAUCGCCCCAAGCUCGGACCCAGGUGGAAAGGACCAUUCCAAAUACUUCUCCAGACUUUGACUGCGCUUAAAGUCAAAGGGCAGAAUUGCUGGAUCCACCUAAGUGACUGUAAACGAUGGGUUCCCUCACCAUCUUGAAAAUAAUCAUUGAACUAAGUAUUGUUCUGACUGUGAGUGGGUUGGAGGACAAUUUGUUUUAUAAGACACAUAUCCCACUGCAUGGUAAUCGAACAGUGUGUUAUCCGCUAGCACAAUCUGUAGAAGCUUUGUUUGUAGCAACCCCAGGAUGGAACCCUCACCAACUCUAUGAAGUAGAUUAUUCUGGUGAGCCUUGCCAAGGGAAGAGAGGAACCUGGAGCAGGGGUGUGCAGGGUAAAUGUGUAGAAUUGAUAAGUAACGGCCCCUCUAAUUGUACAGGCACUAAACCUAAGUCUGGGAAGGAAGGGGCCAACUGUACGGAUCCUAACAGCUAUCCGCUUUGUUUUAAUGGUACUGGAAGUUAUUGUGUAUGUGCCUUAGUAAACGUCACCAACCAUCCCCAUGAUGCUUCCUGGCCCCAUCAGUGUGUAAAACAGACUUGUGCAACUAAAGGAGGGCUAUUGAACUGCCCCUGUUUGGAAUCAAAACCGGUAAACAUGACUUCAGGCAUACAUUGGACUUGUGGGAGUUGUAAUGGCACCCAUGUAGAAAUGGGAUAUGGGAUGUUUCCGUUUCACUCCUCAGACUUCCAACCAUUUAAGGGUCAAUCGUCCUGGAAUAGUUACAAGAUAGUCCGUGAGUCCGUUACCUGCUACCGUGCUAAGAAGGGAUUCGUUUUCCUUCUCAAUGGGACCUUUUCUACUGCUACUCCAACUUUGCCGGUGCUAUUUGCUGUUGGGACCAUUGGGCAUCUCAUGGUCCCUUGUCCCCAACGAGCAUAUACUCGACGACGAAUUGUCACACGCUUCAUAAGCAAGGAGUUUUGCGCCGACUGGCAGGAUCCAGUAACCCUGGGCUCUUCCUUGGGACAUGGCUUCCUGGGAACUGUCACUUUGGGAGGCUCCUCAGGGGUGGUGUCUGCUAAAAACCUAAACUACCUUAUAUGUGGACUCACCGCCCUGGAAAAUAGCACAACGUUGGCAUUGGAAGCAGUAAAUCAAGAAUUAGCUGAACUUCGGCUCUAUGCUCAGCAAACCCGGUAUGCAGUGGACUAUCAGCUGGCUCAACAAGGGGGAGUUUGUACAAUAGUAGGAGACAAAUACAUCACCCAUGUUACGGACGAAUCAUUCAACAUAACCCACGCCAUCCAGUCUAUUAAAAAACAAUUGGAUGAUUUCAGACAAGACUUGGAUCCGCUGAUUCUCAGCUUGUCCUUAGUCCUUGUCAUGAUCGUUAUGUUGCUGUUUCUGACCAUCCUUAUGACCCACCGCAGAAUGAUCAAGGAAAAGAUUUGGCCUCUGGUGCCCUCCCCUGAGAACAUGUUUGAUGGAUUGUUCACUGUGUACAGGGGUAAUUUCCAGGAGUGGCUCAAUCGGAGCAGCGCACAAAUCUGGUGGAAUCUACAGUUCUUCAGCACCGAUGAGCCAGCCACCACGCUGGAGAUCCUGUCUGAGACAAAGAUGUUUCCUCCCGGUCUGCCUGCAAUCAAGCAUCAGGAGGUCUUCCUGGGCGAGCGAAGCUUCCUGGUGUCCAGGCCCAACCCAUUCAAGCUGCAGCGGGAUGAAGGCCUGAUGGAAGAAGGACCACUGGAAGCACCCGACGCCAGGGAGGUCUAUGUUGUCUUGAAUCAGAAUUUCUUCCCCGGUCGCCCCUCCCUGUCUGACACCUGCAGUCUCGAGCAGAGCAGCAAUGAUGUCUCGGAGGAAGAGAUGCCUUUGAAGUUGUUGUUCGAGAGUUCCAGACCGGGUUCGGAGGACGUCAUGUCUUCCAUCGGAGAGAACUCUUCGCAGCAAGACUGCAUCUCGCGUCAGUCAUCGCUGUCGAGUGGGAUUGAGACAGGGAGUCCUGAGGCACGGAUAGCUUUUGACUAUGCUAAGUAUGAUCCCAGUGGACGAUUACUUUACCUGAAUCCAUUAAGGUUCAAAUUGGAGAGUGACAGAAAUUACCUUCUGAUGUCAGACUCUGGGAUCUCUGCUGAUUUCAGUACUGCAGACAUCCCAUCACAUGGGGACAUAGCAAGCUCGUACACAAAUCUUUACAAGAGGGAUGAUCUUCCAAAGUGCCUACAGACCAUACAUCCAGAAUCUUGAGAGCCACUCGACUGGGCAUGAAGCAUCUUCACUGACCACAUCCUUUCGAGGCUCUUGUGAGUGAAUGGGAGCUGACUUACAGCUAAAUUCAAAUUGGUAGGGACUCAAGGUAGUCUGUUGUAUCAUAUACUUCAUUUGAGCUGAAAGAUUACGAUGAGCAAAUUUGUUACCGUGCCCGGCUGACAAUGUAACGUGCCACACCAAUCUGAAGGUACAAGCAGCAGGAUUAAGACCUUACUCAGGCCAAGGAGGUUGGCACGGUGCUUUAGAGAGAGCUAUUGGUUAUGACGGACCCGGUUCCCCUUGGGAAAUGUCCAUCUAAUUCCAUGAGGAGUAGGGUGGCAAGAGAGUGCGGGUAGAUGGAGGAGGCAGUGGCAUCUGCUUGCUGCAGAGAAAGAGGAAGGGUGCCAAGGUCAGUCCCUUGUCAGGGAGUGUUCACUUUGGAGAAGAAACCAGAGAAUGUGAAGGCAAACCCUUUAUCUUGAGUACAUUGAUGGCACUAUCUCGACUACGGUGUUUUAAUGUACAGUGACAUUAAGAUGGGAAAGACUAUCUGAGUUUUGAGGUGUACGAACACAGAUCAGGAAGGCCCUACAUCAACCGCUUCCCCAAUACAACACACACACGCACACAAACACGUACACUCUCAAACACAUGCACACUCUCAAACAUACUCUCUCUCACACACAUACUCUUUCACACACAAACACAGUCUCAAACAUACACUCUCACACACUUUCUCAUGCACACACACUCGCUCACACACUCACUUACACACUCACUCACACACACAUACUCACACUGUCUUACACUCACUUUCUCUCACACUCACUCACACACACUCAUUCAUACACACACUCUCUCUCUCACACACACACACAUACACAGUCUCUCACUCUCUCUCACACACACUCAUUCACACAUACGCAGUCUCUCACUCACACGUUAGUUCUGCUCUCCAAUGAGUGGAGCAGAAGACUCAACCGUGAUGGUCACAAUAGCUUGCACUGCCCAAAAUAUGAACAACAACUGACUCAAGUAAGAUGCUGAAUGGAGGGGGAAGGGAGGACAGAAAGUUGGUGAGGAAUGUACCUCAGACUGCAGGAGAGCAAUUGAUUUUUUUCUUCACAAACCACACAGUUUAUCAGUUGUUAAAGUGUUGUCACAUCGAUGACUAAACAUUAUCAGCAAAGAGUCUGUGAUGGUGGAUAGAGAGAAAAAAUGUUGAAUGUUGUGUUCUUCAAAUCACAACACACCCACAGCCAAGUUCCAAAGAAUUUUGAGGGGCCUUUGUAGGGUAGAUUGAGUGAAGAUACUAUGGUUUUUGUUUGUUCUUGGGUGUCUUGGAUUAAUAGAGGGUACAGAAGAAACUGUGAAAUCUGUUCCCACUGUGACAUGAGGAAACUUUAAAGUCACACAUGAACACUGUUUGAGCAACUUAAUGUGACUGGAAACACAUAUUCAUCAUAUUUUAAUUCCUGUAGACUUAUCAUUAAUGUAGCAGACUCCACCCUUUGUAAACCCUAAUUGUUCAAAAUUAUACACAUUAUAUACAUUUCUAAGGGCAGCUGACUGAAUCAUUUAGACAAUCUCGCUUCAAAUAUUACUCAGGUUUUGCAGAGUCUCUCAGCACAGUGCAGAAAAGACUUUUCUGCUGUGCUCUGUUCCUUGUACAUUUAAUUUCGAAACUCCUGUCAUGUUGUGGGAAGAGCAAAGGAGGUAUGACACAGAUGGUGCAAUGAAUCUCUAUAGCAUCACUGACAUUUUUAUACAUCCUGUUCUGACACACCUCUGAAGUGGGUAGGACUGGAACCCAGGACUUCUAGCUCAGAGAUAGGGACACUACCACCACACCACGAGAGGAAAGGUAAGUCACACUGCCAAAAUACAGGGGUCCCCAAUUUACAAACAUGCUCAUUCCUACGAAUGCUUUCUCAAUCAGGAAUUUAAUUUUAAAGAUCUGACAUAUGAAGAUUUUCUGUGCUUACAAAUGACUCCUGUGUUCCAACUUGCAUACAAAUUGACCUGCAAACGGACUCUGUUAGUGACCUGGGGACUAAGUUUGGUGGACAAAUAGGAUGUUUCUAGACCUUUUUGCUGAAGGUUCCUAAUGCAGAGGGGAACUAAACCCAUCUUGUUUUACAGUGACUAAGUUAAAUCAUGUUCUUGUGGUUGUGAUGUAGAAUAAAAUCUACAUAAUUGUGUGUCAUAACACCACUGUGAUAGCAAUCCACUCAAGUGAUGGCUCAAUUUCCUGCUUAUAACCAGAAAGCCAUUUUGGCUCAAGGUGCACGUUACUGUAAAACAUAAAGAGAGACAAUAUUUAGACACAGCAACUGUAGAUAGUUAACGUUUCAGGUCAUUGACCUUUUGUCAGACAUUAGGAACUUCCUGAUUUAUUUCGGAUUUCCAAUAUUCUGUGUCUUUGGUUUCACUGUAAAAUGUAAACUUCUGUACAUAAAAAGUUUUAUUCUUAUAGAAAGCAUUUUUUACAAUGUUUAAAAAGUAUUUUGAAUAACAGUUUCCUAUUUUGGAUAUUUUUCUAUGAAUAAAAUUGAUUGUUUUUUUAUAUGCA